AUGGCAGCUCAACCAAUGUUCGGCGACUUGAGUGUCUCAGCAGCAGAAAGCUGGUCAGUCAUGUGUUUACAGCUUACGACUACCAACAGCAUCAUUGCGAUUCCAGAAUUCGAGUUUCGCCUCUGGAGUCUUGACGAUCGAGUCAGGAUCAGUGAGGCGUACAAACUUAUGGCGAUGUCAACUGGCAUGUUUGUGAAGGAUCCAUUUGUCGAUCGCAUUUGGCUCGGACCUGUUUCCUACUUUCACACACAAGCAAACCGCCUUGUGUACAUUCAAGGCCAGCUUCCAGUCCUGUAUCCAAACCCGCGCAAUGAGGCCCCCAACCCUUCGAACUCGACCUCGUUCAUGAUGCCAUCGGUCCCUCUUGCUGCGCAUAUCGCAAUGUAUGGCAGCGAUGUCGCUGAGGUGACCGCUGCUAUUCACGGCCCUGAUCCAGACCCAGUCGCAGCCGCCAAGAUCAAGAUUCCUCGCCCACCCAAUGCUUUUAUUAUUUACCGCAAAUAUCACCAUUCAAGUGUUGUCGCGCAGAACCCCGGCGUCCACAACAACAAUAUUUCUCAAAUCAUUGGAAAGAUGUGGAAUGAUGAGGCUGCAGUUGUUCGUGCCAACUUCAAGGCUCAAGCCGACAUUGCGAAAGCCGAGCAUCUCAUGAAGUAUCCCGACUACCAAUACAAGCCCAGAAAGCCCUCUGAGAAGAAGCGCCGCAUGACAAAGAAGAAAGCUGAAUUUGCCAGCCGCAAACUCGCUGCUAGCAAAGAGAGUCCUCCAGUCGCUGCUCCCACAGCCAGUUAUCAAGCCGCCGAAGCAAUCUCUCGUCUUCCCCAGCUGACCGGUAGAUUCACUAGCCCACACUCAGCAAUUCUUCCUCUCGGUCAAGCAUCUAUGCAAGAAAUUGCUGCCCUGCCUACAGGGGUGCACGGCCCUGAUUGGGAAUCUCACGGCUCAAUCAACUAUAACGUUUCCACGCAAACCUUGGGUGCUGAUGAGAUUGAUGGGGGUGUUUUCAAUUUGCCCCAGGAGGAUAAUCUCAAUACACAGGAUGUUGUCGAUGAAAUGAAUGAACUUCAUCUUGGCGCACGGGAUGGAGGCGACGAGAUUAACAUUAUCUGGAAUCCUAAACGCUACAUCGAACGGGGAAACGUUGACGAGUAA